AUGUCAAAAUCGAUUCGUUUCUUUUUCGAUGUUAUUUCUCCAUACAGUUAUUUCGGAUUUUCCGUGAGUUGCUUUUCUUGAAUACAGAAUUUUAAUGAUUUCUUUUCUAGGGGAUCACAAAACAGAAAAAUCUAUGGAAAACUCCAAUUGAACUCAAGCCAAUUUUAUUCGGUGGAAUUGUAAAAGGAUCGGGGAAUAAAGGAAUGCCGCUUGCUAUUCCUGUCAAAGAAAAAUAUAUGAAAAAAGAUCUACCAUUCUCUGCUCAAUAUUGGGGAAUUCCAUUCAGAAUGCCAAAGGAUUAUACAAAAUUAAUGAUGACAACAAGUUCAAUUGUUCCGCAAAAAUUUUUGGUUGCAACAAAAAUUCGAGAUGGAGAGGUUAGUAAACUUUUGAAAUAUGGAACUCUGAAUUCUAUUUCAGGAUAAAAUGAUUGAAUUGACAAGUGCACUUUGUCACAGAUUUUAUGCCUACAAUAAGCCGAUUUUUACAAUCGAACAAGUUGAGGAAGUUUUGCGAGAUUUACAAAUUUCAAAUUCUGAAGAACUUGUCAAACUUUCGAAAUCUGAUGAAGUCAAGGAAGUUUUGAAACAAAAUACCAAAGAAGCAUUGGAUAAUGGGGUAUUUUCACUUUGUUUUUUUUUCACAAAAAAUAUUUUUCAAUUUCAAUUUUUCCAGUGUUUUGGUGCUCCUUGGACACAUAUAAUUGAUGAUUCGACUGGAAAUGUUAUUCAGACUGUGUUCGGAUCUGAUCGUUUUCCACAAAUCGCGCAUUUUGUUGGCGAAGAAUUCCACGGCCCCAAAAAUUGA